AUCAAUCGUUUUCCACGCGGCGGUGCACUUGCGUCCGAUGCUCCUCAUCUAUCAUCCGUCCGUCGAUCCAAGCACCGAGUACGGAUCCCAUCCCCUCCCCAUCUGCGCAACUUCGUCGACGGAACUGCCCAUAUUGAUGGGUCUCUUCCGCCCGAUGGAGUACCUGCCUGAGCUAAUUUACAGACAACGGAUGUUCUUUCCUCCCUUGGCUCGCUACCCCUCACAACCGCAGAAAUCCCAUCCCGACCCGAAGUUGUGGUGGUGGUGGCCAUGGUGGAUGAUCAAUAUGUUAUUUUUGUCCGGAACAGAUCAUCUAGCAAAGACGCCACCUCUCGAUCUGUUAUUGCCGCAAUCCUCCUCUUGUUGUACCCAAUCAUGAUCGGUCGCGCAAAAGGACUACCGGAGUCGUCCUCGCUCGUACAACUUCCCCGCUCGGCAGACCACAAGACAAAGGUCGUCAUCUCUGUGACUGAAUUCGGAGCCAAAGGCAAUGGAUUCGACGACGACACCCUGGCCUUCAAGUAUGCAUGGGACUAUGCUUGUUCUUCACCACUGCAUGUAGAAAUUAAGUUUCCUGCAAGAAGAGUUUAUUUGAUCAAGCCAAUUAACUUAGCCGGCCCUUGUAACUCAAAGAUUACAGUGUCGAUCUCAGGAACUAUAAUUGCUCCUUCAGAUCCUGACAUUUGGGAUGGGCUUGAUCCUCGUAAGUGGAUUUACUUCCAUGGGAUUAAACAAAUAGUAGUACGCGGUGGUGGAACCCUUGACGGCAAGGGACAGAACUGGUGGUCACGAUCUUGCAAAAGGAACACCACAUAUCCUUGCCGACACGCCCCAACGGCAAUUACUUUUCAUCGGAGCAAGCACGUUGCCAUCCGUGAUUUGACUGUAUUGAAUGGUCAACAGAUGCAUAUUGCAUUCACCUCAUGUUCUCAUGUUCGUGCAUCUAGGUUGAAGGUGACUGCACCUGCUGAGAGCCCUAACACUGAUGGAAUCCAUAUAAGUGGAUCCAUUGCCACCUUGGUUGAGGACAGCACUAUAAGGGCAGGGGAUGACUGCAUCUCCAUCGUCGGCAAUUCUUCCAAUGUCCGAGUGAUAAAUAUCAUCUGUGGACCUGGUCAUGGUAUUAGUAUCGGAAGUCUUGGCAAAUCAAAUUCUUAUUCCCAAGUACAUGAUGUUAAAGUGGAGAAUAGCUUGAUUUCAAACACCGAAAAUGGUGUAAGGAUCAAGACAUGGCAGGGUGGUAGUGGUUAUGCUCGCAAAAUAGUUUUCCGUGGUAUCCGGAUGAGCAAUGUUUCCAACCCAAUAAUAAUCGAUCAGUACUACUGCGAUUCUUCACGUCAGUGCCAAAAUCAGACGUCUGCUGUGAAGGUGCAUCAGAUUUCUUUCAUUGAAAUUAAGGGAACAUCGACAACAAAGGAUGCAAUAAAAUUUUCUUGCAGCGACAGUUCUCCAUGUGAGAAAAUAUAUCUACAGGACAUUAACAUGUCACUGGAAUCCGGCGGCAAUGCAUCGGCUUAUUGUUGGAAAGCAUCAGGCUUCAGUUCUGGUUUGGUGAAUCCACCUUCUUGUCUGACGAGAGCUGUCGUCGGUCUCAUCAAUCAGAAUGUUGGUUCGAGCAAGAAAGUGGAGGUUGCAUAGGGAAUGUUUUGAUCAUUACAGCAUUGAAGGGAAAAUCUAAUUCAUCCAUAUAUGUUUCUUUAUUAAAAGAAAAACACAUUUAAUUUGCUGUAAAAGUUCUCAAAGAAAAGAAUACACAUGGAAUGCACCCCAAAUAACUUGACCAUUCAAGCAAACGAAUUCUUCAUUCUUU